CAUUUGGGGGUUUGUCCUUUUAGAGGGAUUCCAUGCCCUGACUGUAAAUUUACCAUGGCACGGGAAGAUCUUGAUACACAUAGUGCCAAACAGUGCCCAUUGAGAGGCACGGUGUGAUUUCUGCCAAGAGCAAUAUCCGGAGUGUCAAAUGGAGGUAUAUGAACCAACCAGUACGUCUGGACUCUCCCAAAAUUAAAGCUAACAAGAAUUUUCUUAGGCAGGAGCCGUAGAUAAAUUGAUUAUUUUGGAAAAAUAUUUGUGAUUGACACAAUUUUCACAUGAUUGGGAAGAGAAAUAAAGCGAUCUUGAACGAUUAUGUGCAUUACCAACUAGGAUGCUCUCACUGGCCACUCUGAAAAAUUAGGUAUCAAGAUAGGUUAGGCAACAUGGCAAACUUAAUUAUAUCUGAGUUAAAAAAUAUUAAAAUACUAAAUCGCGCUUAGUGAAGGACCUGGAAAAAAAAUGAAAAAACCCCCUCACAAAAAAAAAAAAAAAAAAAAAAAAACAAAAAACAAAAAAAACCUUACACUCUUAUCCCCAGUGUAUUGACCGAGACGUUCGCGCUCCUGAAGGCAGGAAUCCAAAAGAUGACGACUAUCACCGUCAAUUCACCAAAAGAUGUGCGAGUUUACAACUGAUGCUCCUGUAGCUAUCUUGCCCCUAAUCAAAAACUUCACUACACUUCCGAAGCUCACUCGGAACUGGACAAUGAACCUUUUAAUAAGGCUAAAACUGAUAUCAUGAAUAACAAAAUACAAGAGAUUGUUGCAAGGCCAUCCCAACAUCUCUAGCAAAGAUGAGUUGAGGUUGUUAUCCUUCAGUGAUGCAGAAAGAGAUUAUGUGGAGUGCACUGCCUCAAUGCAUUGGCAAGGUGAGGAAUGGUAUUUUCACAAUGCUGGUUUGCUUACAUCAAAAGUCGACUGACACCACACGUGAAGUGUACAGCCUAAAAGCUGAAUUGCAAUCAUCCAAAGUUUCUCAUGACUCCUGCUGAGCAGAAUUUUGGAUUUUGCCACCACAUUUUUUAAAAUAAAGAUAAGAGGGACUAUGUAUAUUAAUUUGGAGAAGCAGACUCUAAACCAACAGUGAGGGUUAUCUCUUUCUUUUAGUUUAUUCUUAGUUCAUUAUAUAAUUUAAAUUGAUAUUUUACUUAUUUUUGUAUUUGUACAGUGUUUUCGUUUUUCCUGGUUUAUGUCAAAACACCACUAAUGCCGUCCUGUGCUAUAGUUAUAUUUAUUAAAAAAGUUUACCAUUUCGUAAAUUGCAAUCCUUUACUUUAAUCUGGUGACGUAUUUCUAAAGUUAAAUUAAAAUUAGAAUACAAAUAUUUGCAACUGAAGAUGACAUGAGUAAUUUCCAACGAUGUUUUGCAGCUAUAAAAGGGUUGUUUCAUUUCAAGAAUACUAAAAAAACCAUUUACCUCGGUGUGAAGUGGUGGAUAUUUACUUCUUUUGCUCAUUGCUCAGUCACUGAUUUCGUACUAUUAUUAAUUAACUUCCACUUCGGUGAAUUGAACUCGAGCAAAGAGUGAUAGAGAUUGAAUACCAUACUGUAGCUUCCAGGAGAAAACUUGGACGAUCACCUCCUCCAGUUUCAUGAGGAACAUAUCCACCUACUUGUCGAUGUGAGUAAGAACGUUACAGAGCAGAGGGCAUUGAUAUGGAAUCAAAUGAUAAUCUUAAGAGACAACUCGCAGAUCAGGAAAAGGAGGGUUAUGAAGCGUUUUUAUUUAUCGUGAAUCAAGGUUUUUUCAAAUAUUACUCUUGUGACUUAAGUCUAGUAUCAUCCCAUUAUUAGCCUUCAUUUUGAAUUUCGUGAUUAUGCCAUUUCUUUAUUGGCCGUGCUGAGUGCUUAUUUCGCAUUUUUUCCAUGUAAAAUUGGUUAGAUUUAAUUGAUCAAUGUGUGGUCUACAGGCUAAACUUGGGAAUUAAGAGGCUGCAAGAUUGAACAUGUAGUUUUUAGUUUAUGGUACUUUUUCUUUCUCAGUUAUUAUGAAUCUUUUCUCAAAGUGUGACGUUUGUCGAUGAUCAAUAUCUUUGUUUCUGCACUGAUCUUGGAGAUCAAAACUCUUGAUAAAAGCAGCGACCCAAUUACUUUCAUGCCCCACAUGGAAAUAGGUAACAAAACACUUGAUAUUUCCUCGUCGAAAAGCGACUCUUCGAUCACGAAAACUAGAACAACUUUGAUGUUGGUCCAAUAAAUAUCAGUAUAAAAAUGCAGAAAUGUAUCAAACAGAUUCAAAAUUACACUUUACUACAGGAAAUACGCAAGCUUCGGGAGAAGGGAGACCCCCUUCAGAACCAAAUUGCUACUUUUCAAGAGUAAGGCAAAGCGAACGGAGAUGCUAAUGAAGCAGAAAUACUGCAGAUGAAUGGGAAACAACAUGCCUUGGAAAGACAAAUGGAUGAGAAAGAAAAAGCCUCGAAGAGACAAAUGGAAGAGAAAGAAAAAGACUUGAAGAGACAAAUGGAUGAGAAAGAAAAAGCCUUGAGGGUACAAAUGGAUGAGAAAUAA